AUCCGAGUUGCUGCGUUUCCAUUUCAUUAAUCUCUAGUUUGUUUUGCUGGGUAUUUGCUCUCUUCCCUUCUCUUUUGCUUAAUACGUUUUCAAUUACCCAAAUGAAAAAUUAAAGCUACCAUUUUCAUUUUAUGUAUUUCCUGAGUGUUUGCCGAACCAGAUUUCCAAGAACUGUAUUUUUCCAAUGGCCUUGAGCACCCAAAGAGCCUCUACAUCUCGUACUUCAGCUGAAUGGGCUCCUCCUCCCCAUUGGAAGCAUGAUGUCUUUUUGAGUUUCAGGGGUGAAGACACUCGCAGCGGUUUUCUAUCCCAUUUAUACCAUGAACUGCAGUACUGGCAAGCAAUUAAAACUUUCAAGGACGACCGAGACCUUGAAAUAGGAGCAACUAUUUCUCCGGAGUUGUUGACCGCAAUCGAACAAUCACAUCUUGCCAUCAUUGUUCUCUCCCCAAAUUACGCUUCUUCCACCUGGUGCUUGGAUGAACUUUCCAAGAUUCUUGAAUGCAUGCAAGACAGACAGAGAAUUCUACCAAUCUUUUAUCACGUGGAUCCUUCCGAUGUACGAAAUCAAAGGGGGAGUUUUGCGGAAGCCUUCACUAAGCAUGAAGAAAAGUUUAGGGUGGUGAAUUGGUGGAGAGCUACUUUAAGAAAAGUAGCCAAUCUCUUCGGGUGGGAUUCAAAGCAUGAAGAGUUUAGUGGAGAUGUAGAGAUGGUGAAACGGUGGAGAGCUGCUUUAACAAAAAUAGCCAAUAUCUCUGGGUGGGAUUCAAAGAAUUAUCCGUCGGAAGCAGAGCUUAUUAAACACAUUGUCAAAUGUGUGUUUAGGAAAGUGGAUCCACCGUUCAUGUUGUCAGGUUCUCUAGACAAGUUAGUCGGAAUUGAUUCUGCACUUGAGCAACUACAUUUGCAUUUAGCUCUCAAAGAUAAUGAUGUUCGCUUUAUAGGGAUAUGGGGGAUGGGUGGGUUGGGCAAAACAACCCUUGCUAAGCUAGUUUUCGAGAGAAUUUCCCUUGAUUUUGAACUUAGCUGGUUUCUAUCUAAUGUGAGAGAGGUUUCUGGAAAACACGGUGAUCUAGUUCAUCUACAAAGACAGAUUCUUUCCCCAAUCUUGAAAGAAAAUGUUGCCUGUGUCAAGGAUGAAGAAGCCGGAACCCGUUUCAUUCAGAACCGUUUACGGAAUAAAAAGGUUCUUCUCGUGCUUGAUGAUGUGGGUCAACUAAACCAAUUAGAAAAACUGGUUGGAAAGAAAGAUUGGUUUGGUGUGGGGAGUAGAAUUAUCAUCACAACUAGGGAUGAGCGUCUACUAGUUGAGCAUGGUAUAGAGAAAGUGUAUAAGGUCAUUGUAUUAAAGGAUGAUAAAGCUCUUGAGCUCUUUUGUCGACAUGCCUUUAAGAAAGAUCAGCCUAAGGAAGGUUUUCAGGAACUGUCUCGGCAUUUCCUAGCUUAUGCCAAAGGCCUUCCAUUAGCUCUUAAAACUUUGGGGCGUGCUUUGUAUGGGAGAGAUCAAGAUGCGUGGAAGAGUGCGUUGCAUAAUCUAAACAAAAUUCCUGAUCCAGAUAUUUUUGAUUCACUCAAAGUAAGUUAUGAUGGACUAAAAGAGAUGGAGAAGAAAAUUUUUCUGCAUGUUGCGUGUCUCCAUAGAGGGAAGAAUAAAGAGCAAGUAAUUCAAAUACUAGACUGUAUCCUUGACAUUUCCAGUCAUAUUUUGAUAGAAAUUCUUAUUGAGAAGUCUCUGUUAACUAUUGAGAAAGGCCACUUUCGUACCAACAUUGUCGAGAUGCAUGAUUUGAUACAAGAAAUGGCAAGGAGAAUUGUUCAUGAAGAGUCUCCCAAGCCUGGUAAACGCAGUCUUUUGUGGCAUCACAGUGACAUUUCUCAUGUAUUCAUGAACAAUACGGGAACGGAAGCAAUUGAAGGCAUAGUCCUAGCUCUGCCCAAAUUAGAAGAAGUGCCCUGGAAUUGUACUGAAGCCUUCAAUGAGAUGCACGGGUUAAGGCUCCUUCACUUUCAUAAUGUGGUGUUUUCUUCAGGCCCUAAAAUUCUUCCAAAUUCCUUAAGAAUUAUCCAGUGGCAUUGCUAUCCUUCCAAAUCGCUCCCAUCAAGGUUUGAACCACAUGUACUUUCUAAACUAGAAAUGAGGUGUAGCAAACUUGUCCGGCUUUGGGAUGGAGCAAAGGAUUUUCCGAAAUUGAAAUAUAUGGAUCUUUGUUUCUCUAAAAAAUUGACCAGUAUCCCAGAUUUCACACGUAUGCCAAAUCUUGAGGAAUUGGAUCUGCAAGGUUGUAAGAAGUUAGGCAAGGUUCACUCAUCUAUUGCAGUUCACAAAAAGCUGAAGGUUUUAAGACUUACUGGAUGUGAAAGUAUCAAGAGUCUCCCAAGUGAGUUGGAAAUGGAUUCUCUUGAACACUUUUCUCUUAGGGGUUGCUCAAAACUGAAAAAGAUUCCAGAAUUUGGGGAACAUAUGCAGAACGUGAAAGAGAUUUAUCUAUGUGAGACUGCUAUCGAGCAAAUACCUUCAUCAAUUGAACGUUUGGUUGGCCUUGUUUCUCUAUUUAUAAAUGAUUGCGAAAGUCUCUUGAGUCUACCGAAUGCGAUAUGCAAUUUGAAGUCUCUUAGACAACUCAUUGGGAACGGAUGCUCAAAAGUUGACAAACUCCCAGGGGAGAUGGAGUGUUUAGAGUCGCUUGAAUUAAGUGGAAGUGGUAUGAGAGGGCCGCUUGGUGCUAUGAAAAAUCUCAAAAUUUUAGACCUUAGUGGAUCAGUUGCUUCUUUAAAUCCUGACCCUGAGCGUUGGGGUUUGGUGUUGUCUUCUCUAAAUCGUUUAGGGUCUUUGACGAAAUUAGAUCUGAGUGAUUGUAAUAUUGGUGAAGGAGCCAUUCCAUAUGAUAUCGGCUGCUUGUCUUCUUUAAAAGAGUUGGAUCUUAGUGGAAACAAUUUCGUUAGCCUUCCUUCAAGCAUUAGAUACCUUUCUGAGCUUCGGUAUCUUCAAUUGCAGAGGUGCAAAAGGCUUGAGCAAUUGCCAGAUCUUCCGCCGAAGGGAUAUUCCUCAAUACUUGUAUAUGUAGACGACUGUACUUCCUUAAAAAGGUUGUCAGAUCCAUCAAAGUUGAGCGAAGGAGCCAAUGUGUACGAUUUUAGGUUUAGUUGUUUUAAUUGCUUCAGAUUGGUUGAAGAAGAAGGCUGGAUUAAUAAUAGAAUAUUUGCAAUGAUAAUGAGUUAUUUCUCCGCUAAGGCACCUGAUGACUGUAUUAUAUGGCCUGGAAGUGAAAUUCCAGAUUGGUUCCAUAAUCAAAGUGUGGGAGAUUCAAUAAUUGUGGAGCUGCCCCUACCACCACAAACAUCUAGUAACUGGGUUGGGAUUGCUUUAUGUGUUGUUUUUGAAGAUUCUGAACAUUUGAAACGUCUAGGCUACUUUUUGUUCGAAAUUCUCUGUCCAUGGGAAUCGUAUGAAGUUAAUUUUGAAGUCGGGGAUCUUAGGUCACAACACCUUUUGGUUUUCUAUUUGCCUCGCAAUUAUCGCGGUCUCAGAAAUGCCUCAAGCAGUUAUCAAUUAUCAUUUGAAGGGUUUUAUUUGUCAAAGGAAUAUUUGGACAAAAAACUGAAAACAAGCUCGAUUAUAAAGAAAUGUGGAGCCCGUUUGGUGUACGAGAGAGAUUUACUGAAAACCCUGAUACCAGCAGUAUAUGGAUACGAUGACGAGGCAGGUUCAAUUGAUAAUUGA